AUGGAACCACCUCUUUCGCCGACAUGGCUUCGCAUUGAGCAAGCCAUUGGCAAGAGGCCACAGUUCACCGGAGAUGCACUGUCUAUGAGACAGCAAUAUAAAGCAUUUGCAGACCAAGCCAACAGUUCCUUUUUCGGUGGUGAUUUCAGUACUGAUGAAACGAUAAUACACACAGAAGAUAUAAGUAUCUCGCCUCAUCUGGCAGCUAGGGUGUAUCACCCUGUUAAGUCGGAAGGAAGCCAGCCACUGCCCGUCGGCGUUUAUUUUCACGGUGGUGGAUGGUGCUGUGGUGACUUGGACACGGAAGACCCUUUCUGUCAACUCAUUGCCGAACAUUUGCCUUGUAUCAUUGUCUCAGUAGAGUAUCGAUUGGCACCUGAACACAAAAGCCCAACUCAGCUUGAAGACGCUCUUGAGGGCUGGAGCUGGGCGUUCAGAAAUGCUUCGAAGCUGAACGGGGAUAGCCAAAGAUACUUCGUCGUUGGCCAAAGUGCUGGAGGCCACCUCGCUCUUGCUCUGGCAAACAAGCUUGUGAGCUUGGAUCGCCAGGGUGAGGUCUGUGGUAUAGCUGCUCUCGUACCAAUUGUUGCUCAUCCUGUGCAUAUUCCCACUGAGUAUGUUGAUAAGUAUCGAUCAUUCAACGAUUGCGCAAACGCACCGAUGAAUACAGCCCAUGCUAUGAACGAGUUCUUUGAUUCAGUAGGAGCCAGCCCUCAGGACCCAGAUUUCUUCAUAAUAAACUGCAGUUAUUUGAACAGGUUUCCUGCAACCUAUUUAGCCGUUUGUGAUGUCGAUCCGAUUCGUGAUGACGGUUUAAUCAUUCAUGACGUUUUAAAUAAGGCCGGUGUUCCAACAAAGAUCAACCAUUAUGCUGGACUACCGCACGUUUUCUGGGCGUUGGAUUGUCCCGCGCCAAGUGGGAACUUUUUGGGUGAUGUGCUCGAUGGCAUUAACUUUGCAAUCAAUGCGUAG